GAAACAGAGUCCCCCCCUUCUAGAAUGGCAUUUUCACCAUGCAAGACCUGUUCUCUCUCUUUCCAUUGAGGACCCUUCCAUCUUCUUCAUCCAGGGUUCCUCAAUUCUUGAGGCGAGUAGUUAAGGGAGAGGUGGAGUUUCUUGCUGGAAAUUCAGGAAAUUAUACAUAAAAUGGCAUCAUCCCCAAAGGAUUCUCCAUCACAAGAUACGCCAUCCUCACCUCCUGCUGCUCCUCCACCAUCCAAAGACUCAUCAUCACCACCACCUCCACAAUCAAAUUCCUCUCCAUCUAAUUCAUCACCUGCACCACCGGAUAAUGAUAAUUCUCCCCCUUCUUCAACAGCUUCUCGUUCUCCUCCUCCUCCUAAAAGCAAAGACAGUGAUGAUUCGUCGUUUGGUGAUUACAACGCUCCACCUCCACCGAAGAAACAUUCCUCAAAAGAUAAAUCUUCCACUGAUGAUGAUAUAUCACCUUCACCUAAACCAUCCAAAAGUUCAAAAAAUUCAUCGGAUGCGGAUAGCAGCUCGGAUACAAAAGUUAUAAUAGGAGUAGUCGUGGGGGCAGCGUUGUUGCUGGCUGUUUUGAUCCUUUUCAUUACAAGAUGCCUUCGCCAGAAGAAAAAGAAGAAGAAAAAUCAUUACUAUGAGUAUGCAGAUCCUGAUGCCAAAGGGAGUCAGCAAUAUUACAUGGGGCCACAGCAGGCUCAAUGGCAGAAUAGUCCCGUUCCAGACCAUGUUGUUAAGCUACCCCAGGCCCCAGUUGGAAUGGGAGGAUCUCCAGCCAUGGGCUGGGGUGCACCACCGCAGAUUCAAGUACCCGUGAGCAGUGGUGAAAUGAGCUCCAGUUUCUCUGGCGGCCCUCACCGCCCACCCUUGCCUCCUCCCUCCCCAGGUAUUGCUCUGGGGUUCAACAAGAGCACCUUCACUUAUGAGGAGCUGGCUGCUGCCACAAAUGGGUUCUCCGAUGCCAAUCUCCUUGGUCAAGGCGGGUUUGGUUAUGUGCAUAAGGGUGUCCUCCCUAAUGGAAAGGUGGUCGCGGUGAAGAGCCUAAAGAUAGGCAGUGGACAGGGAGAAAGAGAAUUCCAGGCCGAGGUUGAAAUAAUUAGCCGCGUGCACCAUCGCCAUCUUGUGUCACUAGUCGGAUACUGCAUUGCCGGUGGGCAGAGGAUGUUGGUCUAUGAAUUCGUCCCAAAUAAGACCUUGGAAUAUCAUCUCCAUGGAAAGGGUCUUCCUGUUAUGGACUUCUCAACUAGACUUCGUAUUGCAUUAGGCUCAGCGAAAGGGCUUGCUUAUCUUCAUGAAGAUUGCCAUCCUCGGAUCAUCCAUCGCGACAUCAAAUCUGCAAACAUUCUCCUUGAGACUAAUUUUGAAGCAAUGGUGGCUGAUUUCGGAUUAGCUAAGCUGUCUUCUGAUAAUUACACUCAUGUCUCUACUCGUGUCAUGGGAACAUUCGGAUACUUGGCGCCUGAGUACGCAUCAAGUGGCAAAUUGUCUGAGAAAUCUGAUGUCUUCUCAUUUGGGGUCAUGCUUCUGGAACUCAUAACUGGAAAACCACCUGUCGAUCCUUCAAAUGCAAUGGAAGAUAGCUUGGUCGACUGGGCUCGGCCACUUUUGGUUCAAGCUCAGGGGGAUGGCAACUAUGAUCAGCUGGCAGAUCCACGGCUAGAGCGCAACUACAACCACAACGAAAUGGCACGCAUGGCUGCCUGUGCAGCCGCUAGCAUCCGCCAUUCUGCCAGAAAGCGUCCCAAAAUGAGCCAGAUCGUUCGUGCCCUGGAAGGAGAUUCAUCCCUGGAUGACUUGAACGAGGGAGUUAAGCCCGGCCAGAGCACUGCCUUCAGUUCCAUUGCAGGAAGCUCAUCAGAUUACAGCCAAAGUACAUACCACGCUGACCUACAAAGGUUCAAACAACUAGCAUUAUCGAGCCAAGAACUCAAUAGCAGCGACUAUGGAACUUCCAGUAAUGACUCCCGAGACAUGACACCAAGGCAAAAGGCGAAUAUGUAAAUUGUAGCAGCCAGCAGCCACCGUGGUCGUAUACUUUUUCUAAAAGGAACAAGAAAUACAUUGAGUUAUGCCGGUCUCUGUCCGUUGAUGAAGUGUGCUGCGGAGAGAUGGUAUCUACUAUCUAGCUGUGUUUAUUUGUUUAUUUGUGUUAUAUAUCUGUGUGAAGGUGUUAAGAAGCAUUUGAGAUUAACUGUUUUCGCCUUUUUUUUGUUUUUCCAUGUACAAUUUUUCCCCGACCCAAGUUGAUCAUUUUUGCUCGAAUCAAAAAUAUUUUUCCAC